AUGUGGCAAGAACACGCCUUGACGACAGGCAGCGUUCAAGAAGAAGGCUGGAGUGAGAGUUGGCGCGAGUCUUCUCAGCACGAAGGCCCUUCACGUCCUAAAGGGGCUCUUAGUGAUGUGAGCCGUUGGGACAGGCAGCUGCAGCGCAAAGCCGCAGGUCGGCUCUUCGCACGGGCUUUGCUAUCGGCGACGAAUACACAACGCCGAGCGGGAGCGGAGCCAGAGCAAAGCUCCCCGAGAGAGACGUGGGCGGCCUGCCCAAAGGAGAGUGACAUUCACUCGAAGAUGUGCAGCUUGGGGCGGGUCGACCCCUUCGAGGUGGGGUAUGCCUGCAGGAGCAUCCCGGAUCACCAACCCGAGGGCCGGGCUCCCAACCAGCCGCUGACCCGCGUCUGGCAGUCAGCCAAAGUGCUGGACCAUGCCGUGGACAAGGUCGUUUACAUCGGGUACGAGCAACCCAUCGAGGUGUUCCGAGCAAAGCUCCCGAGCGGCCGCGAGCAGCUGCUUACCACCGAAGGUUGGAAGCUGUGGAUCCUGCAGAGGUCCGCCCUGGCCCGGCACCCCAAGAAGGCACUCAUCGCGCCGAAGAUCCUCAUGGAUGAGGAUGACAUCAAUGACAAGAUCAAGAGUGCUGACAUCCCGGAGGACGUGGAUGCCACGUACCUGCAGUCCGAGGAUGGGUCCCGCACAUAUUUUUCCUGGAGGGACGUGGUUGCGAGCAAGUCCAAGUCGAAGUGA